UAAAUGAAAUUGAGAAAAUAAAUUUGUUUACACAUGGGACAUAACUUUGCAUCUAUAUUCUUUUUUGGCAACUUUUCAUCUAUAUCUAAGUAACAAAAAUAAAUGGGAUAGGUUUGUAUUUUGGAGUCGUAUAUCAAUAUUUAGAGAAUAAAUAAUAUCUUUAUUGAAAGGAAUGAUGUUAUAUUCGUGUAUUCUGGGAGAGGAGCGCAGGGUGGUCCAGUUUUAUAGGUGCUAGGUAAGCUGUGGAAGCCGUUUCUAGCACUGCAAAUUAUUUAAAGAUUGGAUCUGCAUGAAAUCUUCACAGUAAAUGAAUCUAUAAAUUUCACAAAUUUAAAUUGAGAUCGUAUCUAUCCUAUCUAUCAUAAGAAAAUUAAAUGAUGAUGAACUGAUGAUGCCUCCCUCCUCUCUUUAGCCUAUAAGCUGAGAAAGAAAAAACCUAUAAAAGUUCUCCCCCGUAGCUGUCUAUUUUAGUGAAUACAUUUUAAAUGUUUUUGCAUUCUAUACCAAGUGACCAAUUUGGCAAAAGAGUGUAGCCAAAAAAAAUGUCGCAAUAACAUUUAUAUUCUAAAGGAAAUUAGCAUAGUCUUCAACUGUAGUUGUCACAAAACACGGAUUGAACUUUUAAAAGUAUUAUAAAUAGUGAGAUAUGAUCAUCAUUUCUGUUUUUUUUUUUUCUCAGUUUGACGUCUGGCAUCAAUGGAGAAUAUGGUGGUAUAUUUUAUAAAAAUAAUCAUAUGCAGUUAUUUACUACGAAUACAUGGUGCAUUUUCUAGUAUUUAUUUAUGGGUUUCGAAAUUCAUUUUUUUGGGUAAUUUUUAAUGCAAAAAAUAAUAAACCUAUAUGAUUUUAAUCACCAAUGACAACUAGACAAGUAGUCCCUGGCCUAUAUGAUUUUAGUGCUUUAAAUAUGGCCUUUAAUGAGAACAUCCUGCUUCACUCACUAUCACUAAAACAAAGAACAGAAAUGGGAACUUCAGUACUAAAAGCUCUCAGAUAUCUUCUACUUUUCAACAUCUCAUUGACCUUCAUCUACACCAAUGAAGUCUCAUCCGCUUCUCCAGUGACUCUACCGGCGGCAAAGAUGAGCCGUAGACUUGUGGCCGUUCAAGGCAUGGUUUAUUGCAAGUCUUGCAAGUACUCCGGCAUUGAUACGCUCCUAGAAGCAUCUCCUCUUCAAGGAGCUACUGUAAAGCUUGCAUGCAACAACACAAAGAGAGGUGUAACGAUGGAGACAAAGACGGACAAAAACGGAUACUUCUUCAUGUUAGCUCCGAAUAAACUCACCUCCUACGCUUUCCACACGUGCCGGGCCUGGCCCACGAAUCCUGGUUCCGCAGCUGCUACAUGCACCGUUCCUUCACAGCUCAACAGUGGAACCACCGGUGCUAGGCUUAAGCCUUCUAAAUCAAUCAACAUAGCUGAACGCGACUACGUUUUAUUCUCUGUUGGUCCCUUCGCGUUCGAACCGGCCUGUACUCGUUGAAGUCUCGACUUUCUUCUUUAUGUAUGUGUGUGCUUGCUUGUUAUGACUAUCUCUCACUAGUGCUUUAAAUGUUUCUAUCGUCGUGUUUGCUUUUUUUUAGUAUGUUCACGUUUUGAAGCUUGUCUUGGUAGACAUUUUGAGAUUGUUAGUGUGUUUGAUUUCGUAUCCUUAUCGUU